GUCCAGACUUUAUUUUUAUUUUAAUUUUUAAAAAAUUUACAGCUGGGCAUGGUGGUCCGUGCCUUCAUUCCCAGUACUCGGGAGACACAGACAGGCUAUUCCUGUAAUGCCUGAAAAAUUAUUUGGUAGCUGGGGGGUGUGUGGUUCUAGACAGGUUUUUUGGUGUGUGUGUGUGUGUGUGUGUGUGUGUGUGUGUGUGUGUGUGUACAUUUUGCUGUUCUGGAACUAGCUUUGUAGAUGAGCCUGGCCUUAAACUCAUAGAGAGCCACCUGCCUCUGCCUCCUGAGUGCUGGGAUUAAAGGCAUAUACCACCAACAACUUUUUUUUUUUCCUUCAGAGCUGGGGACCCAACCCAGGGCCUUGUGCUUGCUAGGCAAGCGCUCUACCACUGAGCUAAAUCCCCAACCCCCCACACAACUUUUAUUACUGUUUUUUAUCGUGUGUUUUUGUGUACAGAAAUAGCUCGGUAGAGGAUGUGUUAGCCCUGGAGCUAUUAGGGUUGUGACCUUCCCUAUGUGGAUGCUGGGAAUCAAACUUGGGUCUUCUGCAAGAAUAGUAUGUGCUUGUAAGUGCUGAGCCAUCUUUCCAGCCCCAGGGUGCUGUUUGACAACUACACUAGGAUCAUACUAUGUUCCAAAACGCACUGGACUUUUGUGCCUGGUUGUACCUCAGACCUUGUAGAUUUGUCCACUGGAAUUUUCAGAUGAGAAUUUUUUAAGAGUCAAGGUUGCCUGGGCUGGCCCCAAACUCUAGUAUUCCUGCCUCAGCCUCCUGAGUAGCUGCCACUCUAGAAGCAUAGGCAGUGGCAUCUAGUUUGAUGAGUGCUCUGGAAGAGUGGCGAAUACUUCAUGAAUCUUGUACUUGGAGCCUCAUUCCAGGUGGGAGUCUCAGUCUGCUCUCUCAAAGAGCUGCAAGUAGAGCUGUCACUGAAGAACAUGUAGUUUCCCUUAGACCCAGCUCAUCAGGGUUCUCCGCAUCCUCUGCUCUAGUUCAGAAUCACAUUCUACUGUGUUCGUGGAGGAGAGGCUCUUCUGGCCGGCUGGUCUGAAGCACCUUUCUCCCUGAUCAAGUGAACGGUUUGCUGAACAUGCUAUGUGGGCGGUACCCUCCCAAGUGCUGUCACAAAACGAUGCGAGGGCAAGUGCUGCAUACAACCUUGCACCAGAGCAACCUCUGCUCAACAGGAUGGCGGGCGCUUCCUCGCGCGUGCACUAUCUGUCGGACUUCUGCUGCCCGCUCGGAGGCCGAGCGGCGGGGAAGCCCCAUGUGCUGCGACAUGAUGCGGAGGUCUUUCUGUCCACCGGGCGCGAGUUCGUCUAUGUGUAUGACCAGGAGGGCGGGCUGCUGACGGCGGUGUACCAGUUUCCCGACCAGGUGUGGCACCUGCAGCUCCUGGCCACCCGCAGGGCACUCUACGUCCUGUGUGCCCGGACUGGCAUCUACUGCCUGUCGUUGGACUCACUGGACAGGUCUGGGAGCCAGGCCUGUGAGGACAAAGAGGAUGAGACUCACCCUUACCCUGUGAUCCAUGUGGACCCAGAUGCCUGUGUUCUCCCUGACGCUGCCCUCUGUGCCUUCACUGUGCUGGACGAUGUUCUGGUCACCCUGGCACAGGGCCCCACCCAGUGGAAGAUGCAACUCUUUGAGUGUCCCCAUGCAGGGGAGGAGCCUCGGCCUGGAGGCCAGGUCGGUGAGGUGCAGCUAUCCACCUGCACCCCUCCAGGUGGGGUGCCGGGGGAGCCUACAGCCCCCUGCUUCCUGCCAGUACUGUGCUGUGUGUUCCCACCAGACUCCAGGGCACCUCAUGGUCACCCCCAGGGCUGUGGGUGCUUCAUGCUGGAGGAGGCUCUCUUUGGUCUACUCUUUGGAGUUGAUGCCAGUCUCCUGCAGUCCCCUGUGGUCCUCUGCGGUCUCCCUGAUGGCCAGCUUUGUUGUGUGGCCCUGAAGGCUCUGGUUACUUCUGAGUUAGCCCCUGGUGACCCAAAGGUCCUGGUCAAGAUCCUCCACCACCUAGAGGAGCCUGUGAUCUUCAUUGGGGCUUUGAGGGCAGAGCCACAGGAGGAGGAGGAGGAGGAAGCAGUAAGAGAGCUGCUGCCUGUCGAGAAUGUGCACUCUGACUGCCUAGUAGCCCUUGGUCACCAGGGCCGGACACUGGCCAUCAGGGCCAGCUGGAGUGAGUCAGGGAAUCUGGUUCCAGAGCUUCGUGAGUAUUACCUCCCGGGGCCUGUGCUCUGUGCCGCCUGUGGCAGGGAUGGCCACAUGUACCACAGCACCCCCUCAGACCUCUGUGUGGUAGACCUGACUCGGAGAGACAGUACUUGGAACCCUGAGAAGCCAGAUGGGGCCAUAGGAAGCCUGCCCUCCACGCUGUGCCCAGCCAGCUUGAACAUCUGCAGCGCCCUUGCUCUGUGUGUGACAGCAAGGGCACCUACAGGUGGCACCGAGCUCCUGGUCCUGUCUUCUAAAGGACGCCUGAUCACCUGCAGUCUGGACUUGAACCCUGAGGCACCUGUGCCUACCAAGAUGGCUGUGGCAAAUGCAGGCCAGAAAAUUAAGGAGCUGCUCCUGGACAUUGGCGAUGUCUCUGAGAGGGUGUCCUUUCUGAAGAAAGCUGUUGACCAGCGCAACAAGGCCAUAACAAGUCUCAAUGAGGCCAUGAAUGUGAGCUGUGCCCUGCUGUCCAGCCAGGAGGGCGACCGGCCCAUCUCAUGUACCAUCACCACCUCCUGGAGCCGCCUGGAGCUGCGAGACAUGCUGAUGGCCACCUGCACACUGGACAAUAGCAGCAGCUUCAGCCUGGACCAGGGCUGGACCUUGUGCAUUCAGGUGCUGACUAGUUCCUCUGCCUUAGACCUGGAUGGGACUGGUUCAGCUUUCACCUACACCAUUCCAGUGGACAGACUGGGCCCAGGCAGCCGGCGGGAAGUGACGUUGCCCCUGGGCCCUAGUGAGAGUGGUGUGCUCGACCUGCCUGUGACCAUGUCCUGCUGGCUCUUCUAUAGCCUCAGGGAGGUGAUAGGUGAGGCCCUUGCCCCCUCAGACCCUCUAGAGGUCCCCUACCUGGAGAAGCUCCCUCUCAACCUUCCUAAGCAAGAGGGUGUCUGCCUGCCCCUGUGCAAGCGCACAGUGGACAUGCUUCAGUGCCUGCGCUUUCCUGGCGUGGCCUCACACCCUGCCCAGGCCCCCAGUGUGCCUGGCCCUGCCUGCGAUCCUGUGGAAACUUUCCUGAAGACCUGCCAAGGCCCUGGCAGCGAGCCCACUGGUGCCGCCUCGCUACGGGCCAAGUACCUGCCUCCAUCCACAGCCUCCAUCAGGGUGUCUGCAGGCCUCCUCAGAGCUGCCCUAGAAGACGGUCACUCAGGCUUCCACCUGUGCAGUGCUACCCUGUGCUGGCUCCUUGCCGAGAAUGCUGCUGUGGAUGUCCUGAGGGCCCAGGCACUGUCUUCUAUCCAGGGAAUAGCCCCAGAUGGGACGGAUGUCAACCUCAUCGUGCAUGAGGUAGCUGUGACUGAUUUGAGCCCUGCAGGGCCCAUCCAGGCUGUAGAGAUCCAAGUAGAGAGCUCCUCUCUGGCCAACAUGUGCAGGGCGCACCAUGCCAUCAUCAGACGAAUAAAGACGAUGGUCACAGAGCAAGCAGCCCAAGGCUCCAGCCCACCUGACCUCCGUAUGCAGUAUUUACAGCAGAUCCAUGCCAACCACCAGGAACUGCUCCGUGAAGUGCAAACCCUGCGUGAUCAGCUGUGCACUGAAGACGAAGUGAGUUCCUGCUCCACAGCCCAGAAACUCCUGCAGAUUUACAAGCAGCUGCGUAACCCUAGCCUUGUCCUGUUGUGACCAGCUGCUGGCCAGCUCCACGUCACUGUGGGACACACUGGGGGCUUGCCUGGCAGUACCCCUCAACUGUAACCUCUGCACCCCUGAUGAGAAUUGUCGUCACCCAAGUACUCAGGCCAUGGAGACACAGGGUUUCUGGAAUCCAGACUUCCAAGUUUGGGACGGUUCUGCUGCUGACCCCAGCACACCCCAGGAGCGCUUGCUGCCUCUCUGGGGCCACCAGGGGGCAGAGUGCUCACUUCACUGCAACCAAAGCACAAAGACCUUGGGAGGGCUCCCAUUGAUGCCAGUGGGAAGGCUGCCUCCAGCACUGUGCUGCUCUUCAGCCCCACAUCCCAGCCUCCUCCUUCAGCCGGGCCCUGCCCUGCCCUGCUGCUGGUGCUGUCGUUACCGUGGGAGGGGAGCGUGUCUGCAGAGCUCUGCCUGCUCCUGUUGUCUGUCUGUGAGGUGCUGUGCUGACAAGCUGCCUUUCUGUGAAGUUCCAGGUGUCCACUGAGGUUGACUCACUUCUGCCCUCCACCUUCUCUGUUGAGCGAGCUCUGUGCAGUUGGGUGGAUAACCCUUCCCAGGUUCCCUUUGCCCACUGACGGAAGGACAGUCCUCAGUGCCCAGGCACCCUCCACCAAGGCUUCUGUGGCUAUUUGGGGCCAAAGGUCUGCCCUCUGAGGUCUGGCCAGACGGAGGCCACUGGCUCUUGCCACCCUCACCUCACAGGGCAUUUACAUGGGAGUCUGUCCAUCCUACAGGACAAAGUUCUCCAUAAAGGAAGUUAGGAAGUGGAAUAGGCCCACUGUAGACACCACCUUGAGUCGAUAUAAGGUCGGCUUUUGUAACAAGGUGCUUGUUCCCAGGGUUGCCAGUUCACUUGGCCCUGAUGGCCUGCUAAGAGCCUGGCCACAGCUUGUCCCCAAGGCUACUCUUCAGUGGGAACCCCGGCUCCUUUGUGUACUGCCCUCUCAACAAGUUAGGGUGGGUCAAGCCACAGGGUAUAAAGCCUUGGAAAAAGGA